AUGAAUGCUCUGCGUUCAACCUUAUCCGAACUGGCAUCACAGGCAGAUGCUCUGCAGUCUGCAGAGGAUUUUUCUUAUGUCGGGGUAACGGAUGAUCUCAGCACUCCCAGUUUCACUCAUGGAGACACUUCCACCUCAAGAAGUGGUUCAGAAACCUCGCAACAGCCUUUCAGCACGCCCCUUGGAUUUCUCCAAGCUGCUUUUCCUGAAUUACAGACCCAGAAGCUUGAUCGCGCGCUUCUGGAUGCCAAAAUGGACGAUGAUGUGGACCUUAAUAUGUGGGAUAUAGUAUCUCGCCUUUUGAGCGAGGAACUGAUUCAAGAGAUGGAAGAACGUGGUCUGGAUGGGCUGGAUGAUGCUAACGAUUACCCUGCGGAGAUAGAAGCUUCCUGGGAGACAGUCGGCAAAACACGUUCUGUCAAUAACGAAAGGCGAAAGAAGAAACAAGGGAACUCCCGACAUAAGAUUGCUUUGGUGGACAUCCGCCAACAACAUCACUCGAAAUCCACCGAUUAUACUUCCCCGAACCAUCCUCAAUCAUUCCCAGCGCCGGAUCCAUGGACACAAAUAUACUCGCUUUCUACACAUUUAGCAACACUUCUAGCUCCUCAUGACGCAUCUUUCUUCACAUCUUAUUUCCAUUCCCCUAAAUAUUCAACACCGUAUAUUGCGCUUGUGGAAGCCCUUCAGGAAAUCUCGAAGAAACGACCUACGGAUGUUGACCUAGAGCCUCUCAUUAUAUCAUUAUUAGAUAUACUUUUGCCUUUAUACGAAGACUUGGACCCCGAGCAACGGUCCCGUCUGGUUUCGGAUAUCGAACUCUCGCUCAGCGCUACACAGGGCCAUGCGGACGAGGCUCUGGACCUGGUUAAACUUUUGCGUGACCUCGACGAAGAUUCAUCUUCCGGAUAUCUCGAAAUGGGUAUCUAUCACCAACCUAUAGCGUCUAAACCCCCUUCGAAUGACAUCCGUCCAAGUGGGACACUACUAUCGCAAGCUUCUUCGCGAAAAUCUCAACUCCCGUCCGGUCCGCCCGAGAUACCGUCUCCGCCCUUGUUGAAAAAUAAUGCUACCCCAACGCGCUCAGGGAACCAAGCAAGUCCUUAUCAGUGGCAAGUUGUACCCAAGCGCAAAACUCGUAAAACACCUCACCCACUAGCGCUUUUCAUUCCCGCCUAUUCGAGGGAUGUGAACGGCAUAAAAGUACGUGGAUCUGGGAAUGGUUUCGGUAAAGGAGGCAAAGGCGAUGUAGGAGAAUUAAGGAAAAGAAUUGGAGAUAGUGUGAGGAAGCGGGAUGAAAUGUUGCGGGAAGCUUCGCGGAUGUGGCAGAAGGGAAACGCGAAAUCCAGAGGCGGGGAGGUUGCACUAUAUUUUGCAGACAGGGCAAGGCAAUUCCAGGAACUUGCUAAAAAAGAUGCUCUGGAGGCUGCAAGGAUGAUGGUCGAAUCGAAACGACUUUCUUCGCAAGAGCGAGAUGCCAUAGAUUUGCAUGGAACAACAGCUUGCGAAGCUAUCAUCAUCGUUUCUGAGAAUUUGGCCUCCUCGGGAUGUUCAUCCACAAAACCUUUGAAAAUAAUCACAGGGCGAGGUACACAUUCUGCUAACAAUAUCAGCGUCCUGAAGCCUGCUUUACGCAAGGCUCUUGUUGAAGAUGGAUGGCUUGUAAGCACUUGGGACGGUGGUCUUAUUGUAAGAGGAAAGCGUGGACUUUCCUGA